GGCCGGGGCGGGGCGCGCGCCGGCAGCGGGAGCGAUGGCGGCGGAUGGGGACUGGCAGGAUUUCUAUGAGUUCCAGGAGCCGGCCCGGAGCGUCCAGGACCAGGAGAACUGUAACGCGAGCCCCGAGGCCGGAGCUGGGGCGCCCGCGGGCGGCGACAGCUUCCCGACCUUGGCCUGCAGCCUGGAGGAGAAGCUGAGCCUGUGCUUCCGCCCCUCGAAGGACGCCGAGCCCCCGCGGGCGACCGUGCGGCCCAUCACGGAGCGCAGCCUCUUGCAAGGGGACGAGAUUUGGAAUGCCCUGACAGAUAACUAUGGGAAUGUCAUGCCUGUGGACUGGAAGUCGUCCCACACGAGGGCUUUGCAUUUGCUGACUCUGAACCUCUCAGAGAAAGGGAUGAAUGAUGGCUUGCUCUUUGACACCUCAGAUGAGGAGGAGCUGAGGGAGCAGUUGGAUAUGCAUUCGAUCAUCGUCUCCUGUGUCAACGAGGAGCCCCUCUUCACCGCAGACCAGGUUAUUGAAGAAAUCGAAGAAAUGAUGCAGGAGUCACCAGACCUGGAAGACGAUGAGACUCCCACACCGUCCGACCGACUUUCCACGCUCUCCCAGGAGAUUCAGACUCUGAAGAGGUCUAGCAUGAGCAGCUAUGAAGAGAGAGUGAAAAGACUGUCCGUGUCUGAACUGAAUGAACUGCUGGAAGAGAUCGAGACAGCCAUCAAGGAGUACUCGGAGGAGCUGGUGCAGCAGCUGGCCCUGAGGGACGAGCUGGAGUUUGAGAAGGAGGUGGAAAACAGCUUUAUCUCUGCUCUGAUUGAAGUGCAGAAUAGGCAGAAAGAGCACAGAGAGACAGUCAAGAAGAAGAAGAAGCUCAGAAACGGCAGCUCUCAGAACGGGAGGAGUGAGAGGAGCCACAUGCCGGGCACACGCUUCAGCAUGGAAGGGAUCUCAAACGUCAUUCAGAAUGGCCUCCGCCACACCUUUGGAAACUCAGGCGGAGAGAAGCAGUAUUUGACGACAGUCAUCCCUUAUGAGAAAAAGAAUGGCCCACCAUCCGUCGAGGAUCUUCAGAUAUUAACAAAAAUUCUGCGUGCCAUGAAGGAGGACAGUGAGAAAGUUCCAAGCUUGUUAACCGACUAUAUACUGAAAGUCCUGUGCCCUACAUAGAGCGGCGUCACAGUGGAGCUGCUUCCCUUCUGCAGACGCCAGGUGUGACCUCCUACAGUGUCACUCUCCAGAGUCCCUGCUUUUGGACAUCCAGCACACUUGAACUUGGAUUUGCAAUUCAGUGUUACCAGAUCACGACUUCACUAAUCCAUCGUAUUAGAGCACCGGGAGGGCUAUGGCAUUCUUGAAUUCUGGAGAGAGGUUAUGGAAAACAUAACCGUGGUGGACUGGUUUCUAAGUUAGCAGAGCCGAGGAGAGAGGAACUGUGCAUGCCGUUGUGUGUCGUAAUGACAGUGUGGCUGUUAGUGUCCGACUCCAUCUGAACUGCACUGAAGAACUAAAGCACUGGCAGGCCCGCCCCGCCCAUAGCUGUUUCCAGUGAUGGAGGGAAUCAGGCUUGAGUGUGCAGAGCAUCUUCUGCGGUCACCUUCCAGUGUGGCCCAGAGACUGAGAUGGGGUGCGGUGAAGCGGGACCCGCCCCCACUUGGGCCUAAUCGUGGGUGCUGGACACUGUUCUCACUCUGCCUGCUUCGCCGUUGUUGACAUAUGAGCCACUAGGAAUCAUUAGGACAGUGGAUGUUCUGUGUCUGUGAAGAAGUGUAUUUUGGAAGGGGUCCAUGCCCUCUAAGGUGCUUAAGGAGCUACUAUGGUACUGCCUGUUCUCAUGUUUGUGUUCAGUUUUAUUUAUACCUGUGUGCUUUUCUAGAAAAAGCUGCUCACGGCUACAACAUUAAUGAACACUUUUGCCAGUUUCAAUCAAAUCAAUGACAUUUAAUAAAAUAAUACAAACUUAA